AUGACGAGCUCGACCGUGACGAGCACGACUGUGACGAGCACGACAGGCACGUGGUCCACCACCCGGAGCUCGUCGACCACCACUAGUUUAUGGGUGAUUUCAUUUUGAGUUUUUUCCUCUACGUGGUCUUCACUACGUCUUCACUCAGUGGUCUCUAGCUGUUGAUGUAUUGGCCGGCCAUCCUUGCUUGUUUUAAGUGCAGGAAAAGGCGCGGGGAUGGUCUUCUACUUGUGUCUCUUCUAGAAAGAUCGAUGGGAAAACACUGCAUUCCCUUCUUCAUUAUAUCCUACGGCGACAACAUCAACAACGAAGACAGAAACAAAAACGACGACCACGAUGACGACGACGACGACGACGAAUAUGAUGAGUGAUGAGCAGUCCCAAAAGGUAGAUACGAACGAGACAGAGGAGGAGGGCUUGGGAGUAGACGACGAGGACGAAGGAGUAAACGCCGCCGACUUCUUUGGCUUGAGUGGGACAGGCAGUGACAUGGGGGAAGUGGGAUCAGAUGUCGGAACAGUGACCAAAUCUUUCGUCGGAGGAGUGGUCGUUGCGCUCAUUGCUCAGUUUGCGAUUACGCAGUUGGAUGACUACACCUAGUUCUUGCCAAAACAAACCGUGAUGUCAACGCAAUAUUAAGCAGGAGUUCUACGAACCCUUCACGGCAUACGAGGACGACCUACUCACGGUCACGACCGAGUCAUAUCGAGGUUUUUUUGACCACGCUGCUUCAUCAGCAUGCUGAUAACGUAGACAUCAACGUCCUCGACAUGCGACGUCUAGAGCGAGACUAGACGAGAUUGUGCUUGAGGUGCGCAAGAACAAAACAGCGCAGUCAGAACAAAGCAACGCAGGAACUCGGAAGCAGAAGAACAAUUACAACUUCCUUGAUUGAUUUCGAUAGGGGAUCGGGAUGGAUGGAAUCACAGGAAUUGGGUUAGAAGUCAUUGCGGUAUUCUAAUUUUUGGCAUCAUACCAACUAGAACAUCUAGCGCAACUGAUUGCACCAGUCUUCUAUAUCAAUUUCGCGUCGCACCAUGAUCGACUUCCACAUUUGGUUGAAGCUUGUGGAUGAUUCUCCUCUUAGAUAAUGAAUUGAGGAACAAAGCGGGUUAUAUUAUCAAUUUGGCUAACGUGUCCAUCUUUCUUCAACAUAUCACCAUCACGCCACAAGAA